GCUACCACUGGCGAUAGUUGAUAACAAUGUUGUAAACAAAAUUAACCAAAUUACAUAAUUUUAAAGUUAUUUAAUUGUGAAUUGUUACUUUUAUAAGCCAUGGAACUAAUCCUGUUUGGUUUACUGGUUCUGUUCCAUCAGUCGGUAUCGACAGAGGUAAUCUACAAGCUAAGCAAGGAAGAUUAUGCACGAAUGCCGCUGAAGACCGACCUGGACCGCUACCAGCACUGCCUGAACCAGCCCAAUGGGGUGUACUGCUUCGCGCACGCCGACGUCGUCUCCGACGGCCCGAGCGAACUGCUGGAUAUGAUGAGGGGCUACUCAGCAUACACGACCGCGCACCACAACUACACACGGCUGCGCCGCGGGCUGUGCAUGACGCGCUCCUGCCAACAGUUCUACUCCGGGGACAGCGAGCCUGAACUGCGGGCAGCCGCCGAGGCCUGCCUCAACCACACACUGGCCCAAGAGUGCGGUCUAAAGACGAAAGUCACAAAGAUAAACUGCUACUUCGAAGAUGAGACGAAGAGCAAAUACUCAGUCGACUGGGUGGACUGGGCCGUUGCGGCGCUCAUAUUUGCUGUCCUUACCUUGAAUGUUGCAGGGAGUGUAUAUGACUAUACCAGAGACGAGGCUAAGCCAGCGAACAGAUUCCUGCUGUCAUUCUCGUGGAAGAGAAACUGGAAGCAGCUGAUGCAGCCGCCGUCACCAGAUCCUCGCGCAAUGGAGCUGCAGUCACUCAAUGGGAUAAGAUUCUUGACCUGCCUCAUAAUCGUAUUCGUCCACGUGCCCAUGCCAGCACACAUUGCUCUUGAAAACCCCGACUUCAUAGAAAAGGGGUACGAGGGGAAGGACAACUAUUUGAUUUAUAACGCGAACACGACAACGCAGUCAUUUUUCUUGAUGUCAGGUUUGCUGCUGGUCUACAACAUGCAAAUAUCAACUGAGAAGCAGCCGUUUACGUGGAGAAAAUAUAUGAAGUCGAUAUUUUUGAGAUGGACGAGGCUGGCCCCGAUGAUCCUCCUCUCACUGGUACUGUCAGCUACUUGGCUGCGUUUCUCAGCUUAUGGACCACUUUGGCAUGAACAGACAGGAGAAGAAGUGGAAUACUGCCGCAAAUACUGGAUUUACAACGCGCUGUUUAUCAACAAUCUCGUCGACGUCUCCACUUGCAAUUUGCAGGCUUGGUCGUCAGCCAGCGACUUCCACCUGCACAUGAUAGGCCUGACGGUGCUUUAUCUGGCACCGAGCGUGGCGUGGCGGCGCGUGAUGCUGGCACUGCUAUACGUGGUGGGCCUGGUGUGGCCGGCUUACAACGUCAUCACAAGAGACCUGGAUGGCACUUUGAUCGCCAAACCAGAAACAAUUAUGGAGUACUACAAGAAUGACGAGACGUUCCACUACCUGUACAAGCGGACAUACAGCAACAUGCCCGUGUUCAUUAUCGGCAUGACCCUCGGCUUCUUCAUCUACGACUGGCAGAAGAGGAAGGUCACGACGCGGGACCACUCGAAGUACCGCUACGCCUAUUGGUUGUUGUUUCCGUUGAUGGUGCUGGUGCUGCAAUCUGGCGGGUACUGCUUCUACCAGCCGGGGCCGCCGCGCUCGCUGCCGCUGCGGGCGCUGUUCACGCCCGUCAUCAAGCCGCUGUUCGGGCUCAUCGUCGCGCUCAUCAUCGCCGGCGCCGUCAACAAAGUCGAAACGUUAUACCGCAGCGUGCUGGAGUGGCGCGGGUUCGUGCCUCUGGCCAAGCUGUCGUUCAGCAUCUACACCUUCCACAUGCUCGUGAUCCGCUACGCCGUCGGCUCGCGUGCCACCUUGGUCCACAUGUCCUACGUGCACGUUUUCCAGGAAUACUUCGGCUACAUGGGGCUGAUCGUGAUAUUCUCUGUGGUGGCACACUUGUGCGUCGAGGCGCCCGUGAACCACCUCGUCAAGAUGGCGUUCGUAGACCAGUCGGCGCCUGCGCAAGCGCCCGCGAAAGACAACAAAGCCGAAUAAAUACCAACAAUGGAAUAUGUACGAGCCAGUAGCACGUACCGAAUAGGGUAUUUGACACCACCAAUCAAUUGACGUACUUUUUAAAACUGUCAAAACGAAACUCUCCCAUAGAUUUUGUACGGCAAUACUAGCAUGUGACGUCACAAUUUUAUCAACACAAUGAAA